AUGGCUUCUGUCAACAAGCCCACCGACACCAAGGUGAAGGAGGCCGAUGUCAACCGCAAGCUCCAGAUCUACGGCAUCAUCAAUGCCUUCCAGCAAGGCAAGGUGCCCUCCAACGACCAGAUCGACGUCGCGCUCAACAGCUUUCUCGCCUCCAAAGUUCUGAAGAGCCCGUCGCAGAAGCUCUCCCCCGAGGGACGCGCCCUCGUCGGAGACUUCCAGGUUGUCGUGAAGCAGGCCAAACACCUGCUAUUGUCCAAGAACGAGGGAAAUCUUCUGCAGGACUUCAUCUGGCAGACGCAGCACUUCGAUGCGAAGACUGUGGGCGCCCCCGGUGCCCCCGUCGACAAGGAGACCGCGAAGCAGCACGGCGAUCAGGCAUUGGAGGGCCUGAGGACUCUGGGUACAUUGCUCAUCACGAACGGCCAGUUCCGCAAGCUACUGAAUGAUGCUAGCACCCUCCUGCGCGACAUGGUCGGCGAUGCUGCCGAAACUGCCGCUACCAAAGUUAAGCCCUCCGAGGACGCCCUCUCACAGAUCGACCGACCCGCCGAGGAUAACACUUGGCAUGAUGCCCCCGAUUUCUCCAAGGAGAACAUCAAGGGCCAGUUGAACAGCUUGUCCAAGAGUGACCCUACCAAGGAUGCUAAGGCUGUCGCCUCUUCCGGUGCCGACGCCGCGCAGCAAAACACGAGCAACACAAUCGACAACCGGGAUGAUGCUCAGCGCAACGCCCAGGCCGGCGGUCAGGCUGGUGCUAAGGCUGCUGUCAAUGAGGCCAAGGCGAGAGUUCCUGACGAGACCCAGGAGAACGCGAAGAAGGCUGCUGCCGAGUAUCGCGCUCGGGUAAAGCAGUAUCUGUCCAAGAAGGUGCCCCAGGACCGACGUGAGCAGACUAUCUGGCGCUUGAAGAAAAUGGUACUUGAGUGCCAGCAGCAUCCCGAUUAUCAGCAGGCUAUCUCUACUUUGCUCGAUCUGGCCGAACAGUACGGCUCCCAUGGCAAGAGGGUGGCCACGUCUGGCACUGGAACGGUACAGGAAGCCAGAUCCGGCCUCGCCGCCGCUGAAGCUGAUCUCAAGACUCUGAUCGAGCGUUUUGCCAACGGUACCUCCAGCGACGACCUCUGGUCCUCCAUCAACGCUAUGUACGAGGCUGCCGACAGGGACCCAGAGCUCAAGAACUGGUUCAAGUCUCUCGACUCAUACAUCCGGCGAUGCCUGCAGGAGCAGGGCUACAUCAUGGAUGACGAUUCCAACGAGCAGUGGCACCGUCUGCACGACCACGGCAACUACCUGCUGCGCGAGAAGUACAAGGCUGGCACCGACCGCAUCGUCGACGAGAUCAAGUUCUUAGCCGAGCAAUUCGAUCAUGAUGCCCAGAAUAAAGCCUUUGCUGCGUCCAUGCAGAAGCUAUUUAAGGAUCUUGGCAACGACGAGAACGGCAAGCCCACCUUCAAGCCGCAUUUGAUCAAGGAUCUUACCGAUGUCAUCCUCCCGGCCGCCUUUGAGAACAUCGCAUACAUCCCUAUCCCCCGGAUCGAGUACUCCGACCCGCAGAUCGAUGCCGUCGUGGAGAAUCUUGUCCUGGAGAGUGACAACUUCAUGCCCAACGUGUUGGAGGUUGCUAGCGACAACUACUUCCGCUGGGGCCGCAAGAAGAUUGCCAGCAAGAACAAGAACUCUAUUGACGUCAAGGUCACCGGAAUCCAGAUGGACCUGCGCGACGUGAGCUACCACGUCAAGCGCAAGCAGGGAUUCCCCUCCAUCACCGAUACUGGUGUUGCCAACAUCACGAUGGGCGGCGAUGGCUUCUGCUUCCGCAUGAAGCUGUCUACUGCGGAUGAGAACGACAAGCAACACUUCUUCAAGAUCGACAAGGUCGACGUCGAUGUCACGCACCUCCAGGUCAAGCUCGUCAAGUCCAACCACAAGCUACUAUUCGGCCUCUUCAAGCCCAUCAUGCUUAAGGUGCUCCGCCCUGUCAUACAGAAGACCUUCGAGAAGCAGCUCAAGGACCAGUUCAACAAGUUCGACGAGAUGGCCUACCUGGUCAAGCAAGAAGCUGACCGUGCCCUCGAGGAGGCCCGCUCCGACCCUGAGAACGUGCCCAACAUGUACCAGCGCUACAUGAACGCCGCUCAGAAGCAGGUGCUGCGGGGCAAGCAGAAGGCCGAGAAGACGGCAAACGAGACCAAGGUCAACUAUGCUGUCACCAAGGAGGAAAGCAUCUUCCCUAACAUCCACCUUCCCGGUGGCAUCAGCUCCAAGGCCACCGAAUACAAGGAGCUUGCGCGCAAGGGUGACAAGUGGGAGAGCCCCGUCUUCUCCAUUGGCAGUGCCUCAAAGAGCCACGACAUCCCGUCUGCUCCCAAAGUCACUCGCAAGGCCCACGCUGUCGCUGGCAGCGGUACCAACGGCAACCACUCCAGUGGUAACUACCCCAGUGGCAACUACUCCAGUGGCAACCACUCUAACGGUAUUGCGCUGCACGGUAACUAUGCCGGGGCCCCCGUGACUGGAAACACUACUACGAUCUAG